CAGCUGAAGGACGAUCUCCCUGGUGAUCUUCAGUCCCUGUCCUGGCUCACCUCUGUGGAUGUACCCCGACUCCAGCAGAUCCAGGGCAGACGGCCUGAAUUCAACAGCUCUGCACAGAGCAGCCUGCUGGACCAACAAUCAGCUCAGCUAAACAGCAUGACAGUAGCAGGAGGAGCAGGACCUGCAAUUCAUCUGCAGACUGAAAUGCAGCACAGCCCUUUGGCCAUCAACAGCAUGCCCCAGUUUUCCCCUGGGUUUCCAUGUGCUGCCUCAGUGUACCAGACCGCCCCUCAACAAGUGCUCACCUACACUCAGGCAAACCAACAGUGUUCUCCCGGUGGACUUUACAGCAGCUAUAACAGCCAGGGUUUGUACCCUCAAGCUCGUAUGAAUGCUCAUAACCAAGACCUGCAGCCCAAGACUUUCCCCAAACCCAUCUACUCCUACAGCUGUCUGAUUGCCAUGGCAUUGAAGAACAGCAAAACAGGCAGCCUUCCUGUUAGUGAGAUCUAUAGCUUUAUGAAAGAGCACUUCCCUUAUUUUAAGACAGCACCUGACGGAUGGAAGAACUCGGUACGUCACAACCUGUCCUUAAAUAAGUGCUUCGAGAAAGUGGAGAACAAGAUGAGCGGCUCCUCCAGAAAGGGUUGCCUGUGGGCACUCAACCCAGCCAAGAUUGACAAAAUGGAGGAGGAGAUGCAGAAAUGGAAACGCAAAGAUCUCCCAGCAAUCCGUCGCAGCAUGGCCAAUCCAGAUGAACUAGACAAACUCAUAACAGACAGACCAGAGAGCUGCAGACAGAAAUCUGUCGAUACCGGCAUGACUCGCUUGCCCAGCUGCCCACCCGGGCAAACUCUUCAGCUGCAGCCCCAGCCGAUGGUCACUCUGUCACUGCAGUGCCUUCCCAUGCAUCAACACCUUCACAUGCAGUUUCAGAAUCAGUCCCGUCUGGCUCCAGCAUCCCCGGCCCCCGCUCAAACCCCUCCUCUCCACACGGUCCAUGACCUAAUGAACAGUUCUCUGCCCCAGCAACUUGCCAAACAGCCCAGUGACUUCUACACCAUUCAAACAGACGCUAAUUCAGAGGUGGAUGCACUGGACCCAAGUAUUAUGGACUUCUCCUGGCAAGGAAACCUGUGGGAUGAUAUGAAGGACGAUAGUUUUAACUUGGAGGCAUUUGGUACACUCAGUAACUCCCCCCUUCGCCUGUCCGACUGUGACCUGGACACAGGCAAUGGCACACCUGUGUCCAAUGCAGGAGGACUACCGUACCCAGACCUGCAGGUGACGGGCCUCUAUUCUUCAUACACCACUGUAGAAGCCCUUUCUAACCAGUACAUGAACACACAAGGAGGAACAAAGCCGAUUGUUUUGCUUUAAUCGUACCCACAACAUAUCAACUGAGCCAAGCUUUACUCAUCAGGAUCACAAAGUUUUGCUUCAGGCUUUGUAAACUUAUUUUGUGUGGUGACUCUCUGUCAAAAAAACUCACAUUUCUUUCAAGACA